AUUAACUUUUCCAUUCUUUAAGUUCCAUUCUCCAUCUCCCUAGUGAAAAAGGAUAUAUAAAGAUCCCAGAGAGAAGAGAAGAGAAGAGGCUCAAUUGCUCAAACCUCAGGAAAAGGAAAAGGUGAUUCCUAAUUACUGUGCAGAGCUUGUAGCCAUGGCAUUCACAGAGAAAGCUGUGGUUUUCUUGCUGAUGAUGAUGGCAGCUUUUCAUGUUUCACAGGCAGCUGUGCACAAGGUUGGGGACUCGUCUGGCUGGACCAUCAUUGGUAAUAUAGAUUACAAGAAAUGGGCUGCUACCAAGAAUUUCCAAGUUGGUGACAGUAUCAUUUUUGAGUACAAUGCGAAGUUCCACAACGUGAUGCGAGUGACACAUGCUAUGUACAAGUCCUGCAAUGCAUCGUCCCCGUUGACAACCAUGACUACUGGGAAUGACACCAUAAAGAUAACAAAUUAUGGUCACCAUUUCUUCCUAUGUGGAAUUCCUGGUCACUGCCAAGCAGGGCAGAAGGUUGAUAUCAACGUGGUGAAGGUAUCUGCUGCAGCAGCACCAACACCAACAUCAGCAAUGGCAUCUCCAGUUCCACCUGCUAAUGUGCCAGCACCCUCUCCAAAUGUUGCAUCCCCAUUCAUUGUUGCCAAAGGAGGUGUCGGGGUCUUGACUUUGGCUAUUGCUUUGGUUGCAUUUCUUACUCUUUUUACCCAUGCAUGAUUGGGAUUUAUACUUGUUAAGAAUAUGGUUUACUCGCCAUUUGGAUUUUUUAUUUUGGACAUGUCAAGAUAUUUCGAUACUUUUUCAUUGUCACGAUCCUUGUAAACGUUUUCUAAUGACGAGAUUUUCUUUUCACGUC